AUGGAAGCUGUUGAGGAGGCCCGUGUCUUUGCGCAAGCCAAAAUCCAUGACCGUAUCGGCAGCCUUCGUACAAGAGCUCGAAGGUUGAAGCAACUGGACAAGGAUGAGUGCCUUCCAGACACUGCCAAAGAAAGCAAGAAGGAGCAGGAUGGCGACGCGAGUCAUCGACAAGCUGACUCUGCAGGGCUUCAGAGCAGAGAGCGAAGUCCGGAUGGUCUGCGCCAGGCUCCUCGGCGGCGGAGGCCGUCAGGGAGACCCGUGUUGGCGUUCUCCUUCAAGACACCUUCGGCACCAAAGCCGGCUUUGGAACGUGAUGGCUCUGUCAGCAGCACUUUCCACUUGAGUCUGCCGCCGCCAAGUUCGCCCAAGCCGCAGCUGAGUUUCAGGCUUGAAUGCCGCGCUGCCUGGAGUCCUUCACCGCUGUCAGCCCGCCGGCCAUCCAAGUCCUGCUCGGCCGGCUCUUGGUGCCAGCCUGGGCAAGCGUGCCGUGGGGGCACUUGGGGCGAGACGGGCUUUGCAGGUCUGCUGGGCAGUGGAUCGCGAGAGUUCAGCGGUUUCGAGACGAAGCCGGAAUUGAGACCGGAUUGUGGAGGCAUGUGCCUGGAUGCCGACGAACAGCUUCCAGAAUGCGUGCACACCGAGGAAGGUGCGCAGCUGGAUGAACUGCACGAAGCCUUCUGGCAGGUUGAGCCGAAGCAGGAAAACAGGAUUUCCACGGGUAGUGGGCUGCACCAGGCACUCCGUUGGCUCGGUCAUUGUCAUACCUUCGAGCGGCUGCAGCAGUUGAUCUACGAGGUGGAUCCUGGAGGCACCCAACUGCUGGACUUCACAGCGUUUGUGAGGCUUGUGCUGAACUGCCGUGACUUUGAACGGCGAGCAGCUGUGGCUGCCUUCCAUGCUGCGGAUGCCAGGAAGACAGGGCUGCUGGACGACCAGGCAGCACGUGGUGCUCUUCAGCAGCUGGGCUUGGAUGGCAAGCUGCCGCAGUCGAGGGAAACUGGCAUGGACCUGAACGACUUCUUGCUGUUGGUGGCUCGCCUUCAGAAAGAGAGGCUGCCCUUCUUGCGCGCCAACUACCUCUUCUCACCGGUGGAGCUUGGAACCUUGAGGCUGGAGUUCAACCGGGUUGCUGCCGAUGGCUCAGGCAAAGUCAACAGGCAGGAGCUGGAGAACCUGGUCGAGCAGAUCUUCCCAGCGCACGCGCGCUCGCCGCAGUAUGGCGAGGUCCUUCUUUGCAGCGAAGACGACAUGCUGGGACGCCCCCUGGACAGAUGCACAACUUCUGCCGACUUGACUAUGCCAGAAAUCCUACAGGGCUUCCAAGCAGAUGAAGUCUUCACUGGUACAGAACUUCGCUUAUUGCAGGUGGGGCUUACUCUACAGCGGGCGGAGCUGCAGACUCAGUUGAAGCCAAAGGUGGCGAACAAAACUUCCCAGACCCCAUUCCAGCAGAGGUAUGUGCAGGUGCCAACUGAAGAUCUCGCUUGGGCCCGUCAGCAAUCGACACAGACCAACCCGCUGCUUUCUGUUGAUGAGCUCACGAGUUCCUUGGGUGGCAUGGGCACAGGCUGGCAUGGCUUUGGCAGGAUUCCAGAGCACAGAGCAGAGUGGAUUGCAUUCACCGACUACGACCCGACGCGCGGUUUCGUGAUGGGUGAUAUUCAGAUUGGACCAGCCCAAGAUGAAUCUGAUGUAACGCACUACAACGUUUUCUGGGCUUCCAAUGGCACUGUCAUGGACUUCAUUGUCGCUUUACCUCUCGGUAGCUAUGUGCACCACCUGCAUGCUCAGGCAGAUGACAAGAAAGGUGUUCCGAUCCCCAAGUCGGCAAACGAAAUGUUUGUUUUCACUUCAAACUCGGCCGGAAUGAUGGACAAGGGAGCAUCCGUGUCAGUCUUCGACCACUGGCAACCGCCCGUCCGGCUUCUGAACGAGAGGUCCCAGGGGGUCAAGUUCCUUGAGUUCCUGCCGCUGAUCUGCGCCAUCCGAGAGGAAGCGGAGAGACUCCAGUGUGCGGUUUAUGCCCAGACCAUCCGGCAUCUUGAGUUCAGCUUUCGCGAAGCCUCCGAGUUUCUGUCAGUCUUUCUGUCAGCUUCAGCGGAAGCCCGGCGAAUACUGUCAAAGGAUGCCUUGGCCACCUUGUUCAUCCACUGCUUCGAGAUGUCAGACAGUGAGUGCCAUCAGCUGCAUGAGUGCAUCGCGCUGAGUGCAAAGCCCAUUCCCUUGCCGAGCAGCAGCAGCGUUGCACCGACAUCGUGCAGUUCAAGCAGUUUCGCUGAGAAUGGACCCUCUCAACUUAGUCAAUCACCGACACUUCCCAUUGACGGAGCACGCACGCCGGCAGAGGAGACUUGCAUGGAUUUCCUGGAUUUCCUCACAAUCAUGAGAAGAGUUAUCGAAGCUGGACUGGGGGGCGCACUCCUGAAAAGCAGUGGAGGCACGAGUUGA